UGCCCAGGUAAACGGUAUACCACAUGUGCCCGUGCCCUAGGCUUCCUGUCAGAGUUAAAUCCUAGCGUGAUAUUAGCUUUCUGCAUCAGGAAAUGAUAAGAAUCAUCGUUCAUUCGCUUGCAAUAGUUCAAAUCCUGUAAAUUAAGGAUAUGCGGCGAUCGGACAUUUCGGAAAAUCGUCUCGUCUCGCCUACCUCCUCCUUCUGCCGUGGCUUCAUAAAGCACCCGUUUUGAAGCUGACUGUGCUGUCCCGGCUGGAGCCAUGAAUAAAAAACUUUACUUGGCGAUGUCGCGGCGGCGGGUCUCGAGUCCUCAGACGACGCAACAGUUGUGGGAUGCAAUCAGGAUAACCAGCUACCAGAGACAAAUUCCAGAUAUUACCAGAAUUUCGCGGUAUAUGAGCCGAAUACAUGGAGUUAAUGAAGAUGAGGUUCGUCGUCAGCUUAGCUACUGUGUACGUGAUGGUCUUAUUCGUCUUGUAAAACGAUUAGGGUAUAAAGGGAAAAAAAUUGGUGUGGAACAAGAAAGCUACAGGCUCCCUAAGCCAAAGAUGCUUCCCCGUGACGAUCAUGAUUGGUAUUGUUUUGAGUGCCAUAGUGGAGGUGAUGUCAUUUGUUGUACAUCAUGCCACCGAGUAUUUCACCUAGCUUGUAUUGAAAAAGAGGAGCUCCCAGAAGAUGAUGUAAAGAACAAGUUUCUUUGCAACGUCUGCAAGAAUUGUGAAGGCACCGAGGAAAACUUCAAAAUUAAGAGAGUCCAACUAAAUCGAUUACUAACAUUUACCUGUGCAAGACUGAAAGAGAAGUUACCAGCCACUAUAAUGGACCGAAUGGUGCCGAGCAAUGCAUCCUACAUAUCUGACAGAACGAGUUCAGUGGCAUCUCAUCAAAGAAGGGCAAGUGGCACCACAACAGACUCAAAUAUUAAGUGGGUGUCAGAUGAAGCUGAUGCAGCAUGGCGUAUACGAAACCUUGUAUAUAGUCCGAUGGAUUUAAAUAUCAUGGAAAAAAAAGCUCUGAAGAAUAAGUAUAGAAGUCUUGAGCAGUUCCGUGCUGAUGCUCAAACUAUUGUCCACAACGUUGUUAUUUAUCAUGGAGAUGGAACAAAAUCAAGAUUGAAACGAGAUGCACCUUGGGUCCACAGUCCGUUGGCUGACAUGGCAAGGCAAAUGCUCCGUGAUUGUAAUUAUGAUGUUCAAGAAAUUAAGCAAUGCCGAGAUUGCUACAGGAUGUCAAAUGAGAAGUUGGAACGUCACUGGUUUUGCCAACCCUGUCGCCCACCUCAUCAGCUUGUCUAUGCUAAACAGAAAAGCUUCCCCUAUUGGCCAGCUAAGGUCAUUAAAAUUGAUGGUGACAAGUAUGAUGUCCGAUUUUUUGGGGGACACCACCAGAGAGCUAUAAUUGAGAAAGCCUUUAUUCGUCAAAUUUCGGUCAACAUUCACACACUUCAAGUGAAGAAAACGUCCUCCUGGAACAAAGCUUGUGAGGAACUGAAACGUCACCAAACACUUUUGGAGGAAAUGAGACGUGCCACUAAUGACUUUACCAAGUUUGAAUCCUCAGAAGAUGAAGAUGUAGAAGAAGAAGACGACUCUGAAGAAGAGGAAAUAUCUAAGGUUGAAAAAGAAAACGGUGACGAUGAUGAUGAAGAAGAAGAGGAGGAAGAAGAGGAGGAGGAGGAAGAACAGGAAGAACCAGAGGACCAAGAUCAUCGUCUUGCAGUGGAUGUGACUGCUGCUAAAGAGGAGGAAGAUAGUGCUGAAAGUGCCCAAAGUGCUGAAAGUGUACCUGUGCCAUCCCCACCCAUUGUUGCUGGCCAAGAACCAGUGGUAGAGCCUCCUAAGAAACGGGGUCGUAAGCGAAAACACAAAGAAAACAUUGAGAGUGAAAAAACUCUUGAGGAGGAUGAAACAAUUUCAUCGACAUCUGUCAAACGAAAGUUAAAGAGGGAUGGAACAGUACAAGAAGAUACCACAGUAACUUCCUCUUCUUGUGAAGAACCAAUUAACAGAUCCUUUGCAACACAGACUAACAAAAAAGCCUCUGUGGUUCCGACAACACUUAGCAAGGAAAUUGCUAAAGCUGUUAAAGAUGCUUUGGAAAAGCAACGACGUGAAUUUGAUGAAGAAAAAGCGGAAAUGGAGGAAGAACGUGCAAAAGCUGUGGCAAAUGCAGUGAGAAGCUUAGAGCAAGAUUUGGCACGUAUGCAAACCGAACAUUCAGAAGUUAUUGCUGACUUGGAAGACAAACACAGAGCUACGAUAUCAGAAGUUAAAAAGAAACAAUGGUGCUACAACUGCGAACUGGAAGCAAUCUACCACUGCUGCUGGAAUACUGCAUACUGCAGCAUUGACUGUCAGCAAACACACUGGCAGAAAGAACAUAAGAAAGUGUGCAGAAGGAAGCGUUAGACUCAUAGCACUAUUAUGCAAACUAAAGUGUACCUGAGUUCAAGGCGUCUUGUUUGCUUUCGACAAAUAUUGUUAUUAAAUUUAUUUUGUGAUCUCUUCAUACUA